AUGUCGGCGACGCUCGCUCCAUCCGUCUACGCGUCCUCCAGUGCUUUGAGCGCCGCCGCCCUGCCCACCGCCAGGGCCGAGCAGCGCCGGGCGCUUCUUCACUUUGCCGUCGUCGGCGGAGGUCCCACGGGCAUAGAAUUCGCCGCCGAGCUGCACGACCUCAUCUACGAGGACCUCGCCCGCCUCUACCCCCAGUUGAUGCCCUCGGUGGCCAUUACCGUCUAUGACAUUGCCCCCAAGGUGCUGCCCAUGUUCGACAAGCAGCUUGCCUCGUAUGCCAUUGACUUGUUCAAGCGCCAGGGCAUCCGUGUCAAGACUGAACACCACCUCACGCAGAUUCGCCAGGAUGACCAGUCCCCGCACGGCGCUCUCAAACUCUCGAUCCAGGAAGAGCCCGGCGCCGAGAUCGGCGCCGGCCUUGUUGUCUGGAGCACCGGCCUCAUGCCUAAUCCGCUCGUACAGAAAAUGGUUGCGCGUGAGCUGCGGCUUCCGGGGUCAGGCGACAACAGCACGCCCGAAACGUUUCAUCUCCAGACGGGGCGCUCCGGCGGGCCUCCUCACGGAUGA